GUCGACUUGAUCAGAGAAGUGAUCAAACUCUUGAGGAUGUGGAGGGUUAAAACACUGAAUCUCGGCUUGUCGCCGUCGCCCCAACCGGAGAGGAGAGAACUCCCGCGGACAGGGCACUCCCCGGGCGAGGCGUCGGCGGUGCCGAGGCCGGAAAAACCAGCUAUGAGAACUCCUCUCCGAGAGCUUAAACUGCAGCCCGGGGCCCUCACCGAUUCAGGGAAAGGACCGCCCGUGUACUCCACGUUGACCCCAUACCUGCGCAAGCUGGAUCUGAAGGAAAGGAGCAACACCUCAUCUCCAGUGGAUUUUAUCAAUACUGAGAACUCAUCUCCUGUGGAUUUUAUCAAGACUGAGAACAACUUCCUUUCAGAACAGUUCAGCCACCCUUCAGAGUACAUGGAAGCUUGUCAGUAUGAAUCUGAUCCAGCUCCUGAAGGCUACUCUCCUCUCUAUGCAUCUGAGAAAGCAGAAACAACGGAUGACGUUGUGGAAGAGCCAAUGGAUGAAAGUAUACUUAAAACCAUGGUUCUUCUACCCUUUCCACCAGGGCCACAGCAAGACCUGAUGCCCGAGGCUCCCUUAGAGCCCAUAGCAGAGCAAAAGAGCAGUUCUCUAAAUGAGUCUUUGGGGCUGGAAGAUCUGGGGGAGAAGGAGGUGUUACCUUGUGUGGAAGACAGCUUUUCAGAAGUUGUUGCUGUGAGGCCCGAGCAACCUACAUUUCAGGACCCUCCAUCUCAUGGCUUGGAAGACCCAUCCAAACCCUGUCCCGAACAGUUCCACUGCUCUGAAGAAAGCCUGAGUGGUGGUAACACUGAAGCUGGACCUGAGGGCUUAGUACCUUCUGGAAAUGCCUGGAAUCUCUCUGUGGCCUGGCUUUCUCCUCCAGCUGCCCUGACCGACGACUUCCCUGUCGAUCAUGUAGAUGCAGGCGAGGAAACUGUAGAGUGCAGCGUUAUACAGGGAAAGGAAAAGAGCUUUCCCACAUCCCCCAAGGGGGGUGAAUUGGGACAUCCGGCACUUGCUGCAAACACGGAAGACGCCCGAUCCGUAUAUCUGACAUCAAGUCUCGUAGAACUGGGACCCCAGGAGGCUCCAGGCCCAACUGUAGAAGAUGCUAGUGGGAUUCCUGGCUUGGAAUCAGAGGCUUGGAUGUCCCCAUUGGCCUGGCUAGAAAAAGGUGUGACUACUUCAGUCAUGCUCCAGAAUCUCCGCCAGAGGCUGUCCUUCCCCUCCGUGCUUCAGGAUGCUGCCGUGGGCAGCACACCCCUCUCCACCUGUUCUGUGGGAACGUCUUUUACUCCUCCAGCGCCACCAGAAGUAGGCACCAAGCACAGUCCUUCAGAGACAGAGCGCCUCCCCUUGGGCUGCGGGCCCCUGGAUCUGAAUGCCUUGUCCCGACACGACUUGGAAGAGAACCUGUUGAACUCCCUUGCUGUGCUGGAAGCUCUUUCCCGCCAGCUACAAGCCUGGAAGAGGCAGCUCCCUGUCCCUCCCCGGGAAGCGCAAGACAGUAGCACCCAGACUGACUGCUCUGCUUGUUGGGUCACUAAGACACCUGAACACCUUCAGGACAGCAAAGAGAGCAGACAGGCUCUGCUGCAAGCCAGGAAUGUCAUGCAGUCAUGGGUGCUGGUCUCUCGAGAGCUGAUGUCCCUGCUCCACCUGUCCUUGGCACACAUGGAAGAAGACAGAAUAACAGUGAGUCAGGAGUCUCGGCAUGCAGAAACCCUGGUUUCCUCCUGUUCUCAUGUACUGAAGAAAUUGAGGGCAAAGCUCCAGAGCCUCCAAACAGAAAGGGAGGAGGCAAAGCACAAAGAGGAAAUGGCCCUUAAAGGCAAAGAUGCGGCAGAGGCAGUACUGGAGGCUUUCCGUGCACAUGCCAGCCAGCGCAUCAGCCAACUGGAACAGGAUCUGACAGCUAUGCGGCAGUUCAGAGGUCUGCUACAGAAGGCCCAGACCCAACUGAUAGAACUUCACACAGAGCAAGAGGAGCUGGCUCAGCAGACAGUGAGUCUGACUUCUACCUUGCAGCAGGACUGGACAUCAAUCCAACUAGAUUAUGGGACAUGGGCAGUUUUGCUGAGUCGGUCUCGAGAACUCACAGAGAAACUCACAACCAAGAGCCGGCAGGCUCUUCAGGAACGUGAUGCUGCAGUCGAGGAAAAGAAGCAGGUUUCAAAGGAACUUGAACAAAUCUCUGCCCAUUUAGAGGACUGUAAAGGCCGAAUAGAACAAUUGGAAUUGGAAAACAGUCAUCUUACCACAGAUCUCGCGGCUCAGCUGCAGAUUUUGACUAGCACAGACAGCCAGCUAAAAGAACUGCAGAGUCAGCAUGCCCAUUGUGUCCAGGACCUGGCCAUGAAGGAGGAGUUGCUGUGUCAACUUACCCAGAGCAACAAGGAUCAGGCUGCUCAAUGGCAGAGGGAAGAGAUGGAGCUGAGACACACACAGGCAGAGCUGCAGCAUCAGAAGGCUGUGCUGGCCAAGGAGGUCCAGGAUCUGAAGGAGACCCUGGAGUUUGCAGACCAAGAGAGUCAGGUUGCUCACCUGGAGCUGGGCCAGAUUGAAUGUCAGCUGAAAGCCACCCUGGAAGUGCUGCGGGAGCGCAGCCUCCAGUGCGAGAACCAAAAGGACACUGUGGAGAACCUCAAGGCGGAGCUGGCCAGCACUGUAGCAAAGCAUGAGAGAGAGACCCUGGAGAAGACAUACCAGCAUUCUCAAGAGCUGAGGCUGCUGACUGAGCAGCUGCAGAGCCUCACCCUCUUCUUCCAGGCAAAACUAAAGGAGAACAAGGCUGAACCAGAGGUCGCUCUGUCCAGCACAGGCUGCGCUCCAGCCCAGGAACACCCUCUGCCCACCGACAGCACCAUGUCUGAAAACACCCUGACAGCAGGGGCAGAUGAAGAACCGGAACCAGUUCCCGUACCAUUGCUUGGAAGUGGAGAGAGUGCUUUCACCCGAGUAGCAUCAACCAUUUCCCUUCGGCCUACAGAGACCCCAGACCUGGAGAAGAGCUGGGCAGAAGUGAGUGCUGUGUUCCUGGAGCUUCAGAGCCUGUGCUAUCUGCUGCAGGACUCUAAAGAAGAAGCCGUUGAGGCCCUGCAGAGGCAAAUCUGUGAACUGCAGACUAGACUACAGUCCCAAGAAGAAGAGCAUCGGGAGGCCCAGAAGGCCAAGGACGCAGACAUAGAGAAGCUGCGCCAGGCCUUGUGCUUCUGCUACAAGAAUGAAAAGGAACUCCAGGAAGUGAUUCAGAACCAGAAUGAGAAGCUUCUCGGGCAGAUAGACAGGAAUGGCGAGCUCAUAAGUCUCAGGGAGGAGGUGACCCAGCUCACACGUUUACUGCGGCAUGCAGAGACAGAGACCAAAGUGCUCCAGGAAGCCCUGGAAGGCCGGCUAGACCCCAGCUGUCAGCUGAUGGCUACUGAGUGGAUCCAGGAAAAAGUGUCUCUCUCACAGGAGGUGGACAAGCUGAGGGUCAUGUGCCUGGAAUUGAAAAAUGAGAAAGCGAAACUGGUGGUCAAGUACCAGAGCCAUAGGAACAUUCUCGAGGAGAACCUUCGGCGCUCUGACACGGAGUUGAAGAAGCUCGAUGACACUAUUCAGCAGAUCUACGAGACCCUGCUGUCUGUCCCAGAGGUAGUGAAGAGCUGCAAGGAGCUACAAGGACUGCUGGAGUUUCUGAGCUAACAAAAUGAAACUAGUGGACUGGUGUGUGCGCCUGUAGUUCCGGCUACUCCGGAGGCCGGGCCAGGAAGAUCGCUUACUCCCAGGAGUUUAAGACCAGUGUGGACAGUACGGCAAAGGAACUGAAAGCUGGAUUCCACUACAUUCCUUUCUCCUGCUGGGUCCUUACCCUAGUACUAGAACCAACUAUGUUUUAUGGUAUUUAAAUAAAGCAUAUUUAAUGUA